UUGGAUAUAAAAAAUUAAUAGAAUUGACUUCUUAGUUAUGAAUCAAUAUUGCAAAGAAAUGUACCAGAACUCUAACGUCGUGAGUAGUUUUGCAGUAGGGAUCCCGUCAACCCUUUGAGACUCCUUGAACAGAAAAGAUAAAAUUUACGAGCCUGUGAGCAGGGUCAAGAAAAACCAGAUAAUCCUUGAGGUUGAUGGAGUUUUCUGGAAGGGCAAAGUCUUUGACUGGUUCAGCAAGCUCCCGAUUGAGGACCGAGUAAUAGCAUGCAAAACAAUAGAUAAGAACUUAUCAGAAAUGCUUGUCAGCUUGAAUAAAAAUUAUGAUAAUAUCAUGAAUUGAGAGAUCGCUUUUAAAAACAACAAGGACACAUCAUCCCACGAGGAGAAGAAGAACCAUGAUGAUUUUAUGAUACGCAAGGUUAAUUCAAUGCAAUAUCAUGAAUUCUCUCAAGAGAGAUACAAAGAUCAUAUCUCUAAGAAGAAAAAUGCUGAGAAACUGCUGAUACAGAACCUGAUAUUCUGAGACACUAAUCAAUAUUGUGAUACCUUUACUGUUAGCCAAACACUAGUGCAAGAGCCAGUUGAGUUUUUUAAGAUAUUCUCUGAUGCUACUCAAGACUGUGCCUUUAGCAUUCCAUGGCAGAUAGUCAAUACCUCAGAGCUAAAGCUGGGUAAGUCAGGGGGUUUAUCUCUAGAACACCCUUACUGGAUGAGCUUUAUUGAUUUCCAGACUUAUGGCACAUGGAUAAUCUGUGCGAUUGAAAAAUAGCAUCUGGCUUCAUUAUUUCCAUGCUAAUGACAGCCAGGUCAGGAAAAAUUACCUAAAUUGCCUUUUUACAAAUUAUGAAAGAGUUAAGAACAGAAAGUAUCAAUACCAAAUCCUCUGUGAGUUUUGGACAGAUGCCAAACCUGAAGUCAGAUCAAAGAUCUAUAGAGAACUUAUCUCACAAUCACUAGAUGACUCCAGUGAUAAAGAUGGAGAGAGUUUCGAACAAGAAAGUUGCUCCAGUGAAGCACAGAAGAGUGAGGAUUCUGUUAAAUCUUACAUUCUGGAGAACAGGAUCCUUACUAACCCUCGCUUAGCAAAUACUGCCGCUAUUACUCUUCUAACAGGGUGGAGAGUUGGAACAAAAAUGUAUGAUCAAUCAAAAAUCCAGGAGUCAUUAGCUAGUUUAAUCAACUCAGAAGAUGGUGAAAGUGCGCCUAUCAAAUCACUUCGUGCAUCUACACAGAAUGAGAUUGCUUAUCUGGUCUCUUUGGGUAACAAGCUGCAUGAAGUGGAGAAUUUCAUUAACUUUCUGACCUUCUCAAAACUUGAUAGAUGAAACACUAAAUUUGACUAUCUCUGAAGAAUGCUGCUCAAAAUAAUAGAUGAGACUCAAAGAGAGAUUACCCUUGAAGAACUCCUUAACGAUGAUACCUCCGAAAAGAAAGAUAAUGAGCAAGACGUUUCCGAUGAGUCAUCUGGUAAGAAAACCAAGUCCAAAAAUGGUGUAUUUCUCAGAAAGAAAACUCAACCACAGAAAGAAAAUGGUGUACCAGAAACUAUUGUUGACGAAUCUGGUUCAUGCUACCUUCUCAGGGGAUUUUCAGCCUUAGUUUAUCGUCUCGAGUCUAUUUUCAUCAAAAUUCUUGUCUUUCUGGAUCAACCACGAAAUUAGUGAACUUCACCAGGAGUUUUCAGAUGUGGUUAUAUAUAGUUAAAAAA